GCGCUGGGCGUAACGUCAUCUGACCGGCAGCGCGUUUAUCUAUCUCGCCGACCCAACGCUCGCACAUAGAAAUGAGGCAAGUGCUGAUUUUGAGAAACACAGCGGCAAGAGACUGAAGAGUGGACCCCGGUCGAGUCGAGAAAAAAGGACGCCGUCUGCCCGCAUCCGCAGCUCACCAUGAGGGAAAUCGUUCACAUCCAGGCUGGACAGUGUGGAAAUCAGAUUGGGGCGAAGUUCUGGGAGGUGAUCAGUGAUGAGCAUGGCAUCGACCCCACCGGUAGUUACCAAGGUGACAGUGACCUGCAGCUGGAGAGGAUAAAUGUCUAUUACAAUGAGGCAUCAGGGAGCACAGGUAGCAAAUUUGUCCCCCGUGCCAUUCUGGUGGACCUGGAACCAGGAACCAUGGACUCGGUUCGCUCUGGCCCAUUUGGACAGUUAUUCAGGCCUGACAACUUUGUCUUUGGUCAGAGUGGAGCAGGAAACAACUGGGCCAAGGGUCACUACACGGAAGGAGCUGAACUGGUGGACUCCGUACUGGACGUCGUGAGGAAGGAGUCUGAGAACUGCGACUGCCUCCAGGGCUUCCAGCUCACCCACUCCCUGGGAGGAGGCACAGGUUCAGGCAUGGGCACGCUCCUCAUCAGCAAGAUCCGGGAGGAGUACCCUGAUCGCAUCAUGAACACCUUCAGUGUCAUGCCCUCCCCUAAAGUGUCCGACACUGUGGUGGAGCCCUACAACGCCACCCUCUCUGUACACCAGCUCGUGGAAAACACAGACGAGACCUUCAGCAUUGACAAUGAGGCCCUGUACGACAUCUGCUUCCGCACUUUGAAGCUUACCACGCCGACUUAUGGAGACCUCAACCAUCUGGUGUCCGCCACCAUGAGCGGGGUGACCACGUGUCUCCGCUUCCCUGGCCAACUCAACGCUGACCUCCGUAAGCUGGCCGUCAACAUGGUGCCCUUCCCCCGCUUGCAUUUCUUCAUGCCAGGCUUUGCGCCGCUCACAAGCAGAGGCAGUCAGCAGUACCGCGCCCUCUCUGUGCCAGAGCUCACGCAGCAAAUGUUCGAUGCCAAGAACAUGAUGGCGGCGUGCGACCCCCGUCAUGGACGCUACCUCACCGUGGCGGCCAUCUUCAGGGGACGCAUGUCGAUGAAGGAGGUGGACGAGCAGAUGUUGAGCGUGCAGAACAAGAACAGCAGCUACUUUGUCGAAUGGAUUCCCAAUAACGUCAAGACCGCCGUUUGCGACAUCCCUCCCCGCGGCCUCAAGAUGUCCGCCACCUUUAUCGGCAACAGCACUGCCAUCCAGGAGCUGUUCAGGAGGAUCUCCGAGCAGUUCACUGCCAUGUUCCGCCGCAAGGCCUUCCUCCACUGGUACACCGGAGAGGGAAUGGAUGAGAUGGAGUUCACCGAGGCUGAGAGCAACAUGAACGACCUGGUGUCCGAGUAUCAGCAGUACCAGGACGCCACCGCUGACGAAAUGGGCGAAUACGAAGAGGACGAAAUAGAGGACGAGGACGACGUCCGCCACGAUGUUCGCCACUGAUUGCAAUACACUUGACACAACACUGAAUCAGUAAUUGUUGUCGGACAAAUGCAGUGAGAUCCUAAGAAGUAUGCUAUACAUGCGGAUGUUCAACUAAAUAUAGUGUGAAAAUUAUGAAGAAACAUAGUUGUUUAGCCAAAAUUAUGCUGCGUAUAGAUACGGCUUAUACUGACACCGAGUGGUGUUGUCACCUCAAAAUAUGCAAGUGUUAUAGUGUUUGGUUUUCGAGGUCAUGCUUUGCCAGUGUCAAAAUACAAGUACAGUCUUGUCCUUAACACAGUUUUGUAACAUUCACUUCCGUAUGCAUUGUCUCAAGUCUUCAAUAAAAGAUCCAAUCCA